AUGUCUAACAGCAACAUCAUCUACCAUCAUCUUGGCAGAAAUGGACCCAAAGUCCCUGCUCUUGGCUUUGGCGCAAUGGGUUUUACGUCCUUCUACGGAAAUCGUGUCAGUGACGACGAGAGUCGCGAAGUUCUCAAAGCGGCUGUCGAGGCGGGAUGUGCGUUCAUUGAUACCAACAUCCUUUAUGGAAUGGGAGAGAACGAAAGGCUCAUUGGCAGCCUGCUCAAGGAUCCCGAAUUCCGCUCCAAGGUCUUUAUUUGCACUAAAUUCGGAACUUUUAUCACACCCGAAGGCAAAUUCGGCAACUCUGGCAAACCUGAAUACGUUCGCCAGUGCUGCGAAGAGUCUUUGAAGAACCUUCAGGUCGACUACAUUGACCUUUACUAUCAAAACAGGGUUGACCGUAAUAUUCCAAUUGAAGAAACGUGGAAGGAAAUGAAGAAACUCCAAGAGGAAGGCAAAGUCAAAUACCUUGGCAUAUGUGAAGCGACAGUAGAGGAGAUUCGUCGCGCUCAUGCUAUCGCACCCAUCUCUGCUUUGCAAAUCGAGUUCUCUCCCUUUACCCCGGAUAUUCGUGAGAAUGGAAUUCUCGACGCUUGCCGCGAACUCGGAAUUGCUAUCGUGGCAUACAGUCCUCUCGGGAGAGGCUUCCUGACUGGUGCAUACAAGAGUGUGGACGACUUUGAAGAGGGUGACUUCCGCCGCAACAAUCCUCGUUUCCAGGGAGAAGCAUUCAAAGAGAACCUCAAGCUCGUCGAUGCUCUGAAAGAAAUCGCUGACAAGAAAGGCGUUACCCCAGGCCAACUAACUCUCGCCUGGGUACUCUCUCAAGGCGAUGACUUCUUCGCCAUUCCUGGAACCAAGAAGAUCAAAUAUCUUCAAGAUAACCUCGGGGCGCGCGAUGUGAAACUCACCGAAGAAGAGAUUUCAUCUAUUGAAGAAAUCCUUAACCGCAUCAAGGUCAUGGGGGACAGGUAUGCAGGCGGCGCAGCGGCAACCGGAACUGCUUUCUAG